UGUUUCUCAAUAUUGAAAUGGUGGCAUCUUGUCCUGUGUUUUUCCAACCCGCCUUAGAAAUAACUACAAAAUGGCCUUCCCUUUUGCACUAAAAUGGCAUUCGAACCUUGAAAACUGACGACAGACGAAAAAUCCCGUGCAGUCGACUGGCUUCCCGCUAUCAGCUUUCUGAUUGGCUUAUUCCUUUACCAAGAUGGCGGCCUACACACAACCCUCAAUACAACAUUAGCUUGUUCGCACUUGAAACUCAUUUCUCGACCGCAAAUCGCAAUAAUGUCGCCGGAAUAAGGGUCUAAAGGGUCUUGGAAUGCGCGAAAAUGAUUUGCAACUGUGGCUGAAUCGUAGUUCAGAAAAUGCUGGGCGUCAUCUAGAUAUGGGAAGUCUCACCGUUGUAACUACAGAGUCUUUAACAACACCGACUGCAACAGCAAGUGAUAUGCACUCUACAGAAACUAUCAUCAUAAGAAAUUGCAGAACAAGUGGUUUAGGAAUAAAGAUCAUCGGAGGCAAAAGCACUGUUGGCGAGACUGAUUAUGGAAUCUUUGUCAAGAAAGUAUUAGUUGGAGGAAGAGCAGAGGCGGAAGGUCAUUUACAAGAAGGCGACCACUUACUAGAAGCAAAUGGGGAAUCCAUGGUUGGGGUGACCAAUGACAAGGCCAUUGCUAUUUUGCGCAAGGUAGCAGAAACUAAUCAGGCCAGACUAGUUAUAAGUAGGGAUAGCCAAUCACGUGAGGAAUUUGCAUCAUUAAUGAGAGCCAUUAACCAUGGGACCCUAACGAGCCAAAACUCAUUUAGUCUUAAUGGACCUGGUGCCUUGGAAUUAAUGCGAGGUUCAAGCCAAAAUAGCUCUAGAGCAUCAACACCAUCCCCUACUAUGGGCAAGCGCUCCUGGGUAAUGAAUGGUGGCAGAAUGUCCCCCCUGGCCUUAGGGAGACACGGAAGUCCAAAUUGGUCUCCUUCAAAUUCCUUGGACAUGCAAGCAGCAGGGCUGCAGAGAAUGCAAGCUGUGGAUUUCCCUUCAGGAAUGGACUCUCUUCAUAACCCAAGCUCUGUGGACCCCCCACCAUACCGUAAUCAACUGCGACUGAACAACCUCCCAGGAACAAGUGCAAGAAAUGGCAAUGGUACUACCUCUUACACUCGGCAUAUGAAUGGGGACCACCACACCUCACCCAAGCAUGCUGCUGCAGAACCGCAAAGUGACUCAGAAGUUACAAUAGACUCUGGACUUCCCACAGAUCGACACUCCAAUAGCUCCACCCCUACAUUUGACAGCCCGGGAGAGUUGCAGAUUGUGCGGAUACCUGUAGUCAAUGGACUGGGUUUGUGUAUUGUCGGAGGGACUAAUCGGCCAGAGGGACCUCAUGUAUAUGUUGAUAAUAUGAUUGAUGGCAGUGACGCAUAUAGGGAUAACCGACUUCGCCGAGGAGACCAGCUAGUUACUGUUGCUGGAGAAACGCUUGUUGGAGUGACCCACGAGCAAGCAAAGUCGCUCCUAACAAGACUCAAACUUAGACGUGAUAUCAGCGAGGUCGAGAUCGCAUUCAUUCGUGGAGGUCACAAUAGCAACGCUACACGCAGCCCGCUCCAGCCACUAGUUAACGGCUACAGUCCUCGCCGGAGCCCCGGUGCAGAGAGAAGUAGCCCUAUAAACGGCAUCAGAAGCCCAGUGAACGGAGGAAGCAGUCCCGUAGAUGAUAUCUCCCUCCGACAGAGUCAACUCGCAGAGUUACACACGCAGCUUGCCCCCAAUACAAAUCGCUCGUCCACUGAGCACGAUACUUAUCAAAGCGUGAGUGAUCCCCAGCUCCCAAGCAGCCAAUCACAGGCUGUAACCACAGGCGCCCCAGAUGCUAGACCGGAAGUAAACGCGCAGUAUUCUGGAUCCUCACCGCAAGCGAUGCCUCAUGCGAUGUCGCAGGGGCAAUCUUUUGGGGCUAAUGACGGAAGCCCGUUUUUGGCGCAGAGAUCUAGCGGCGGGUUCCAGCCAAUGACAGCAUCGACUCCAGGCAUGAAUGGUGCUGCUUAUGGACAACCUCCGCCCCUUGUCAAUCAAAUAUCGCAGUACAAUGGCUUGGGUCCCGGCAGAUCACAAUACAACCAGUCCCUUCACUACAGUCUUCCAUCGACAUUCCAGAUUAGCCCCGUUACGCCCUCGCUCCAGCCCUCCUCGGUACCUUUCUAUUUACAACAAGACCUGGAGGCCCUGGGCCGAAUCUCUCAGCCGCGCGUCUCUCCGCAGUCGAGGCCUCUCGCAUCUGGUCAGCAGGUUUCGCCGGAAGGACAGCAGUUGGUUUCUGGUCGGCCGCGACAGUCUCGGCAAGAGCGUAACGGAAGAAGGCUGUCUCUUGACCCAUACACAAGGCUCAAAGUCGAGAAGUUAGAAGUUGCUCUCAGGUACCUCGGGUUUGAGCCGACUGAAGAACAGCAGCGAGAGCUGAGGGCCAGGCUACCUAUUGAUCACAACGGCUGCGCGACAUACGGAGAUUUUGUUAGCAUCGCCCAGCAGCUCUUCUCUAUGCAUCUGAAGACCCCUAAGUUGAGCACGUCAGCUCUGCAGUUCGCCGUGCAAGACAUCAACUUACAGGAAAAACAGCACGAGCGUGAAGCGCGGCUUGUACAAUCCGCACCCCAGCCCUCUCCCCCAUCAGAAGACCUCGAGCGAGUAAAGAGGGAGCGAGACGAGGCUCUGAGAGAAGUGCAGUACCUCCGAAAACUUCUCAAGAAAAAGGAGGAAGAGGUUCUUGACACGUCCGAAGAAGCCAUCAAGUCUAGAAUGGAAGCCCAAGCUUUACUUGAAGAGAGCCGUUCCCUUCAAAACCGCAUUCACUUAGCGUCUCAGGCGCAGAAAGCAGCCAAGGAUAUGGAACAAGAUUACGAAGAGGUCAUAAAACUUUUGGAAAAAGAGAUGGCUGCCCUCAAAUUAAAAUUGGAACAAAAAGGCCCAGACCCUAGAGAACUGGAAGAACUCCAAAAACGCUUGGUUGUACUCGGCUGCCAGUUACGAAAAGCAGAAGUCAGUAAACGAACUUAUGAAGUAGCUACGGAAAAGCUUAUUCAUUUUGCAGAGCUCGUACAUGACGUGCUAUCGGAAGGAGGGCCCGGAAUGCCCCCAGCACGAGGAAGAGGAGAGCCCCCCAAGAGAGACAAGUCAGGCAACAUUCGGCCGCCAUCUUACUUGGGCCGUCAUGCCAAGAUCAACCCUGCAUCUCUAGCUAAAGAAGCCAGGGACACCGUCAAGACCGUCAAAACUCUCAUAGAGGAUGAACCUCUUCCAUUCGGCUGGGAGGAGGCCUACACUCCAGAUGGUGUCCGAUAUUAUAUCAACCAUGUGACACAGCAGACUUCAUGGCUCCACCCUGUAUCCCAAGUCCAGCACUUGCCAUCAAUUAUGGAGAAGAAUGAACCAGGGUCCAAGAAAGAUGGGGUUCCUGAAACAAGAACAUGAUACCAGUAUUAGCAUCUUGUUACAACCCAACAGAUGCUGCCAUCCUGGACUUGUGAUGCUGAGCUCCAACGCAGAAGGAGGAGGAUUUAAUACAUGAGAAUGAGCUUGAGUACAAGGCCUAAACCAGAAUAUUUCUCAAGUAGACCCCUAAGGACGUGGAUCCAAACAGUGUCCUUUUUAACGAGGUUUCACAAUUUGCCUUUUAGCUAGAAUUAAUAGUCAAAUAAUUUUUUCUUUCAAAAAAGGUAAAAAGAUUCUAUCAUUCUGGUUACCCCCUUGUUUUUAUAAUUUGUGAAAUUGUAAUCAUGUUAUAUGCCAUCAUUCAGAAGGGACUGUCGUUCCAACUUGUACUUUUUGGGUAUUUUGACAAUUUUUAAAAACAUUUGUCUUGUAUUGACAUAUGUGAAAGCCAUGGUUUUCAGAAAGAAAACGGAAAAAAGAAAUCUUUUCAGUUUGAUUAAUUAAAGCAUAAAUAAUGUAUAUAUGCAAUUUGAAAUGCCAUAUACCGGUAGUUUCUUGGUGUUACGGAGCACCAGCACCAAAAACACAAUAGAACAAAAUCCAAAAACAAAGACCUUAGAACAAGACAAUGAAAUAGAGUACAAAGGCCUUGAGCACCAAAAACAAAGCUCUCCGUAACGCCAAGGAAUACCCCAUAUACCUACACAUUAAUAAUAAGAAAAUAAUUCUUCUUAAAUGUCUUAAUUAUCACAGAAUUAAUGGUACCAUAUCAUAGGGAGGAUAUGGAUAGAAUGGAAAUAUGGUUAUUUUAUAUUAUUUUAUAUUAUUUGAUUGGAUAACAACCUUAUUUUUUCUUGGUUAGCGUUAACCUGCUUUCUAGGAACCCGGCCCAGGUGAAUAAAGAUUAAGCUUUUUUUUUGAACCAAAAAGUUUGAUAAGCCUGCAUUAUUUCUUUAUGGUAAAGUAUACCAGCUGCAAUAAUUUCUCAUCAAAAUCCUGAUAUUAUAUAUCACUGUAAAUAAAAUAUUAAUAAAAAAAACAUGGUGACUAGUUACCCUUCAAAAUAUCUAAACUUUCUCAAAAAAAUAAUAUCAACAAAGCCAAAACCUCUAUCAACCUGUGAUAAUAGUCAGUAAGAGUUCCAGUCAAAAAGAGUGUUAAUAAAAGUGGUCACAAA